AUGGCCAGCAACAAGAAAGAUAUGCGCCGCGAGGAUCUCAGUAAGCCAGCCAUCUCCCACCCCACCCACCCACACACAUCAUCAGACGCAUGACACAUCCGCUGUCCAACUGAUGCAGCGGCUAAUCGCCUUGGUGUCACGCAGUCGUACCUUAUAUGGAGCCCGAGAAGGACAAAGAGAAUACAGACUUCCAGAGUGAGUCCAUCACAUGUCAUGCUGCCGCUCCGCUGCUGUGCACGCUAACACCCCCGCGCAGGCACCAUGACCAGCACCCUGCCCAUGGCUGCUGUAAGUUCACUCAACCCACGUGAGAGCUUACGCACCUCGAGCUAACUUGUGACCCAUCCAGAUCUUCACUCGAAACAAGUAUGCACUCCAGAUGCACCUGCACUGCAUAUUGCAUCUCCAUCUGACCUUCUCUCAGGAUGCUCGCUUGGACCGCGGUCCUCUUCUCUAUCCAGCAGUGGCUCUCCGAAACUCCCGCCCAGAAAGCUGUUGCGUCCUCGCCUGCUUACUUCUCCGUUGGCAUGGCUGUUCUUUCAUUAGCUGUCGUGAGUACAUUGAGCACCUGACAACCAUCCGGACGGCUCGUGCUGAUGCGAUUGUGCUAGGGAUACAUGCCGUUCUUCCUGCCUCCCGCUCCUGGAGCUCGUCCAGGGCCCGGCAGCGGUACAGAGGCGCCUGCUGCGACUCCGCCGUAA